AAGAGGAAGCUGCCGAAUUUUGCUCCGACACUUUCCCCACUCCCAUCCACUUCUCAUCUUCCUCCCGUGAAUGUCUCCAAAAGCCUAUACUCUCCUUGUCCUGUACCUCCUCCUAAUCACAUGCUUCCUCCCUCCCCAUCUCUUUCACCUCUUCCUCCUCCUCCUCCAAACCGCCACCGCCAUGCCGGACCGAACCACCUCCUCCCUGCUCUCGCCGUGAACCGCGACACUCUUGUCGUCCCUGCGCCGUCAAUGCCAGCCUCCACCUGAUCUCCUUUCCUCUCCCGCAUUCCCCUCUCUCUCCUCCGCCUUUUCUUCCUUUCGCCUUUCUUUUCUUUUCCUUCUCCGAAUCUCUUCAAUGCCAGACCGCUUUCGCUUUCCUUGACUUGCUUUUCAGAACUUCCCGCCUCUGCCUAUUGCAACGACUCCACUGGCUGGGAACUCGUUGCGUGAUUCUGGUUCCGCACGCCUGAGAGCUUUCUGCAUUUGCUGCAUUCGCUGCAUUCCGGUUUCGUUUCGCUAAUUCAACAAUCUUUCUGUCCUUGGCUUGCUUUUCGGAGCUUGCCGCCUCCGCUUACUGCAACAACUCCACUGGUUGGGAACUCGUUGGGUGAUACCGGUUCCUGACGCCUGAGACCUAUCUGCAUUUGCUACGAUUCAGAUCUCGUUUCCGAGGCUGAACUCUGGAACUUGCUGGUCUCAAGUCAGGUUUGGUAAAUUUGCCGGAUUGCGUCAAUGCUCAUCCUUGAGUGGUGUUGCAGAGAUGCAUUUCUCACCCCUUUGCUCUGACUGCAGCAUCUGGGAGACAAAUCAUAGCUAAAAUGGAGCAGUAUGAAAUACUAGAACAAAUUGGGAAGGGGGCUUUUGGCUCUGCGCUUCUUGUGAGGCAUAAGCUUGAAAAGAAGAAGUAUGUGUUGAAAAAGAUCCGAUUAGCCCGACAAACUGAUAGGAGCCGUAGAUCUGCACAUCAAGAGAUGGAGCUUAUUUCGAAAAUGAGGAAUCCAUUCAUUGUGGAGUAUAAAGAUUCUUGGGUUGAGAAGGGCUGCCAUGUAUGCAUUAUCAUAGGUUAUUGUGAAGGAGGAGAUAUGGCAGGAGCUAUAAAGAAAUCUAAUGGUGUUCUUUUUUCUGAAGAGGUCCCUAUGUUUUUAUUUAUUUUAAAGCUGUGCAAAUGGCUUGUUCAACUGCUAAUGGCACUUGACUACUUGCAUGCAAAUCAUAUUCUUCACCGUGAUGUCAAGUGUUCAAAUAUAUUCUUGACAAAAGAUCAAGACAUACGACUUGGUGACUUUGGACUUGCUAAGAUUUUAAGUUCAGAUGAUCUUGCUUCCUCUGUUGUGGGAACUCCUAGUUAUAUGUGCCCUGAGCUUCUUGCUGACAUACCUUAUGGUUCUAAAUCGGACAUUUGGUCGUUGGGAUGCUGUAUAUACGAAAUGACUUCUCAUAAACCUGCCUUUAAAGCAUUUGAUAUACAAGCACUGAUCAACAAAAUAAAUAAGAAUAUCUUGGCACCACUCCCUACCAAUUACUCUGGUGCAUUUCGGGGUCUCGUCAAAAGCAUGCUGCGGAAAAACCCAGAACUUCGGCCAAGUGCAGCAGACCUUCUAAGGCACCCACACCUCCAGCCUUAUGUUGUUAAGGUUCAUCUGAGACUUAACUGCCCUAGGCGCAAUAGCUUAUCAACCCAGUGGCCUGAACCUGAGUACAUAAAGAAAAUGAGAAGUUCAGAACCAGAAGAUGUUCUCAUUUCCAAGUACAGAGUAAAACAUGGCGCAUUUGGUAACGACAGGACUCUUAAUCCAAGUGUAUCUGGAGCUAGACAAGAUUCCUUUUCUUCUCAAAGAAAUCAAAUCUCUCCAAGUUAUUUGAAUCAAAGAAUAGCAGAAAUGUCUGUUGGAAGCAUCAUUGAAGACAGAACUUUUGGUAGAAAAAUCACUUCCAAAGCUUCAGAUAUUAGCAAAACUCCAAGAUUGACUCCUAGAAAAGCUUCUGCUACCCCUAAGAAGCAAGCAAGAAUUUCUAGGCACCGUGAAUCAUUUCCAGUUUCACGAACACCAAUAAAAAAGGUAGUCCAUUCAACUCUUAGAGCUUCCUUCCCAUCGCAGACGAAAGCCAUUGGUCAAGGAUCCCAUUGCAAACCUAAUAUUGGUAUCAUUGACUGCAUCGAAUCUCCUGAUAUCUCUGUGAACUCACCUCGAAUUGACAGGAUUGCCGAAUUUCCUUUAGCCUCCUAUCAUGACCCCUUCAUUCCAAUCUGUAGAAAUUCAUCCACUUCUGCACAAGGUUCUGUUACCUCACCAGAAGGUGAUCGUUCAAUCAUGAAGGACAAAUGUACAAUCCAGGUCUGUGAGAAAAACUUUGGUCGGCUAAAGUUUACUGAUGCUUGGCAAGGAGUUGAGGGAACAAUUCAGUUCGAUGGAGAGAAUGGGAGUGCAUGCUCUGAUCAAAAUGCAACAGCUGGGGCAUCAAGCCGAGCCUCAUCAGACUUUCAGUGCAAUCGUUUUGAACCCUCAUCUUACCGGCAGCAAGUUCAAGCUUUAGAAGGUUUGCUUGAAUUCAGUGCGAGGCUGUUGCAAGAGGAAAGGUAUGAUGAACUAGGGGUGUUGCUUAAGCCUUUUGGACCGGGGAAGGUGUCCCCUAGAGAAACUGCUAUCUGGUUGACUAAGAUCUUCAAGGACAACACCAUGAAGCAGGAAGAUCAACACCAAUGAACCCAAUAGCAGUUUUUCUGUGAGAUCCCAACUAGCGGGAUUAAAGAUUGAUGUGUUGAUGUUUACGUAAGAAUUUUGAAGGUCACAGAACAGCAGAUAGAAGGGUAGGAUGUUUCUGGAACUAAAUGUACCAUUCUUAGGAUGUUCCUGUAUGAUUAGUUUAGAUCUAUGGCCAAAACAAAUUGACAACCUUUUUAUUUUUUGUUUCUAUUGUUGUUUAUUACUCUUUUCCUUAGUUUUAUCUUCUCUAUAGCAAUUGAUAAUUAUCUGAUCUUAAGAGGAAUGCAAGAACAGAGAACGAAGAUUCGAGGGUUUUCUAUGAACUUGCAGGUGUGUGAGGCUGGUCUCAUGGUUAGCUGAAAUCCGGUGCUCUGUGUUGUAAUUGUGCUGUUUUCUGGGAGGAAGUAAAGGUAAAAAAGAGAGUUGAAGUUCCGUCACGUAUGCAUUGAGGCUCGCAGCCACCCACCCUUACGCGAUUGCAGAAGCUUCUGUGUAGCCUCUUCAAUGUCCAGCGCUGUACGUUCAUUCAUACAUAUAUAUAUGUAUACACACACACAUACAGCCCCAUCACCCGUCCCCUCUAAUUAAGUACAUACAACAUAAAACAUCUCUCUCUCUCUCUCUCUCAGACCGAUCGAGAUCAGUAUGGCUUCCUCCAAAUUCACUGUUCUCGCAGCCAUCCUCCUCCUCCUUCUGCUACCCAUGGUUGCUAAUGGAGAUAGAAGUUUAUCACCAAGCCUCUCCCCUUAUAUUAAAGACAUAUGCGAGGAGGUGACAUGCGGAAAAGGGACAUGCAAGGAGGCGGUGGGGUCAGCUUUCAACUUCGUAUGCGAAUGCGACGCCGGCUGGAAGCGCACCCAGCUCUCCGACGAAGACAAUUUCAAGUUCCUUCCUUGCAUCAUCCCCAACUGUUCUGUCGACUACUCCUGCAUGCCCGCCGCUCCUCCCGCUCCUGCCGUCCCGCCGUACAAUCUCUCCUUCUUCGAUCCUUGCUAUUGGAUAUACUGUGGCGAAGGCAGCUGCUCGAAGAAUUCAACGUAUAGACACACAUGCAAGUGCAACGCAGGUUACUCCAAUCUGCUCGACGUCGCGGCUUUCCCUUGCUACAGCGAGUGUGCCGUUGGAUCCGACUGUCAGAAGCUUGGCAUCAGCGUUUCAAAAUCAACUUCUUCAACGCCUUCAAAUGAUAGCAAUCUAGCCACCUCGUCGUCUGUGCCAAGAAUGCUUCUCGGCCUGGCUAUCUCACUCGUCUCUUCUGUGGCUGUGCUUCAAUGGAAGUAAUUAACAAUAUAUACAUAUCUUAUAUAUGUGUGUAUUCAUGCGUACUUUUGUACAAAGUACACAGAAAUUCAGUAUUCGUCGUCGUCGUCAUCCGGUGGAUGUACUUUUGGGUUUUUUUUCCUGCUGAUAGUUUAAUUUAGGGAUUUGGAUGUAAUAAUAACCUAUUAUUUAGUUUGUAUAAUUGAUUGAUUGAGUCAUAAAGAAUAAUACGAUUAAAUA